CCGACAAAGAGAAGCUCAAACAAGUCUACAAUUCUCACUACAAAGAUGACAGCAAGAACAAAAAGGAAAAAAGGCAUUGUCAAUGGAGGAAUUCCUAAAGGUGCUGGAGGAAAUAAUGAUUGGGGCCGGGUUCACGGGGUUCGGAUCUUUCGCUCUGUUCAUCAAACAAAGAAUAGCUCCAACAGCCGUCCCCAACGACGUUUUCAUCCCGGGGAUCACCCUUCCAUUUCUAUUGUACAUUCAUCAUGGUUUACUUUAUCGUUCGUAAAUGGACUGUGAAUGAAAAUGAACACGGACUAACCUCAGAAGGAAGGGAACUCCGGCGGGGAAGUCCUAGAUAAUGUAAUCCGACCAGCCCGAAAUGAAUGACGUAUGAUCCAUGGAUUCUCCUGGGCACUCCUCGUGCUUGGACGGGGUCUCCUUCCCUCCGACGAGCCUGGCAGGGUUCCCCACCGCCGUGGUCCGCGGAGGGACGUCGAUCAGAACCACCGACCCUGCCCCAACUUUCGCUCCUUCUCCAAUGUUGACAUUCCCCAGGAUCGUCGCCCCGGCGCCUAUCAGCACGCCAUCGCCGAUCUUCGGGUGCCGGUCGCCGCAAGCUUUCCCCGUUCCACCGAGCGUGACGUGGUGCAGGAUCGACACGUUGUUCCCAAUCACCGCCGUCUCGCCCACGACCACCCCCGUGGCGUGGUCGAACAGAACCCCCUUCCCGAUCCUCGCCGCCGGGUGAAUGUCGACGGCGAAAACGUCGGAGACCCGGGACUGCAGCGCUAGAGCCAGCGGCCGCCGGGAUUGCAUCCACAACUUGUGAGCCAAUCGAUGCGCCUGACAA